UUGCGUCAAAGAUAAAAUCGAAACCAGACUUUCACUUGUUAUUGUUUUCUUAUUAUAAUGAUUCAAUAAUAUAAUUUACAUUGAGGCACGCGACUUCCCCACGUAGCGUUAUCAAAUCAGACAUCAAUCCAUUCAGUUGUGACUGAGUGAAUGAGUGAACGAUCUUUCGGUGUGAUGAUAGAAUUUAUGAGCCCACAUCACGAUCAGGAAAUGACCUACGCGUCUGACGGCUUCUUGCUUGGGGAAACUGGUGGGAGCAGUAAGAACGUGCUCGAUCGUGACAGUGGCAAAGAAACCGCACCAGCCAUAGCUUGCAUUGUGUGUUAAAAAAUGAUGUGCAAAGUGUGUUAAAUUGUGUUAUGUUCUCGGUGAUACGGUGACAAAACUCGAACGAUUCUAUCUCGGAUUUGUGGAUUCUUUUUGAUCAAUGGAUGAAAUUGUUUGUUCUUAAAAUAUGCAUCUAAUGAACCAUGAACACAUAAAACAAUAGUUAAUUACUAACGACGGUAAUGAAGUUUGAUACAAUUCAUAUCAGAAAAUGGAUAAAUCAAUCCAAAAGAUGUUUAAGAGAAAUCAGUGGAGGUUCUUGGAAGAGGCUAUUUUAGUCACAUUUUAUAUAAACCUUAUAAUAGUCUCAGGAAAUUGUCAGACUGUCCACAAAGAGAUAUCAAGUCAAGUAGAUGGCUCAAACAAAACGGAUCUAAAUAGUGUACAUAGUAUAGAUUCUAAUACCUGCCAUAGCUGUCAAGAUAGUGAAAAUAAUAUUAAUAAAGAAAAUGAAAAUCCAAGCUAUCUUGCAGACUUUAUAGAUUCUGUGAGUAGAUUUUCAGAAAAAUACAUAUUCACUAAUAACACUGAACAAAAAUUACAAAAUGUUUUCGAAACAGCAUUAGAUAAUGUGCUUGGUAAAGAUAGGUAUGAAUUAUUUGAUGGUGUUGAAAUCAAAACAAUUGACGGUCAAAAUAAAACAGAGCAAAAAACUGAAAGGUCGGAAGAAGAGGAGAGUCGAGCAUUAUUCAGUACUUACACAUAUGAAUACAGACUAUUCCAAAAGAUAAAAAACUUUGUCGAUACUCAUAUACUAUCAAUUAACCUUCCAAAAGCUGCCAGGCUAAUGGGCUUCCGAUCAUUCGGAUUGAAAAACUUAUUUUUGCCACUUCUUAUUGGAGCACAAGUUUUUAAAAGUAUUUUACUGGCGAUGUUUCUUCCGAGCAUCUUGGGAAGUUUUGGAAAAAUACUCGGAAAAGGUAUAUCCCAAGUCUCGGCUGCAUCGAGUCAAGCAAGCUAUCCUCCAGCAAACACUGACGAUCAGACCGCUUACAAUAAUGAUCAUAUGGGCUAUGAAACAAAUCCUGCAGCGACUUACGCAUAUACCGACGGGAUGUAUGGAAACGACGCCAACGAUAUGAGCGAUCUGUCUAAUGUCGAUAUGUCAAGAUUCGGCGCUGGAGGUCAGAAAGUAACUUAUCUCCCGACUAAGAACGGAUAUUAUAAGAACCAAAUGUCUUCUGGCAACAACUACAAGAUAUUCCAGAAAAUUCCAGCAUCCUCUAUCAUACUGAGCAAUUACGACCCGUUCUAUUCGCCUUUGCUUUCUCGACUCGACGGCAUCUUCGCCAGACUGGGAUUAGCACCGUCAGAUACCAAGACAGACGAUGGAAUGCAAAUCGGAGGACAAACGCUAAGCGAGGUCAAAUUGGAAGCUUGCAGGGAACAGCUGAUAUGUCUCAUGUAUGCUAGUCCCGCGAAAUAUGCGCCGUACAGUAAUCUUGUAUCAGCACAGUUAAGCAGAGAGCUAAACGAACUCCGCCGUCCUGUGUCAGACAACCCGGAGAUUCUUCGUUUCUUCCGCUACAUGAGAGCAGCACGUCGCGGUCAGGAAGGAACUGAUUGUGUCAGCGAACACGCAGCCUGUGCCACGGCAGCACCCUCACACACCAUGAUAUCAGCUUACCAUGACAUAAACAAACUCGUGACAGCGAGGAAGCUGCAUAAUUAGGAAGAAUAUGGUAAUAAUACGAUGGCAAUGAGGUGUACUGUGUGAUUAAAGAAAUAUUUAUAAGGUAUAACUUAUCAAAACUAUGUUAAUCUAAAAUUUCACUCUUCAAAUUCAAAGAUUAAAUAAUUGUGACAUACAAAAAAAAAAUUUUGAAAAUCUCUCAUAGAUUUUUAAACAAAUGUAGCAAAUUUUGGUAGUGUUAUUGUAUCUCAACUUGAUAAGACAGUCUCUUCGCUUGUUAAUCUUUACGAAGUCGCAAAUUGUCAGAACUUAAUUCAUCGUUGCCAGUAAAGCAAUUACUGAUUGUGAAUUUCAAUAGGCCUAUCGGGAGAUGUGAAGUUGUUUUGCAGCCAUUUUUAAGUGGCACCCAUAACAACAAUAAUUAAUGAAAGCUAUUGUGUUCGUCACAAGAUUGUCCUAUAAAUAGUUCAGUAGAUAUCCUAGGUUUAAUAAUAUUAUUGUUAAUAUAUUGAGUAAUCAAAGUAACAUAACCUUUUUUUAACAUUUAACGCUUAAAGUAUAGUUUUGUCUAAAUUAUGUAACAGAACUUAUAUUUUAUAUUCUAUGUACGCCUUGUUUUUACCCCUGUUAUGUAAAUAGGAGAUAUUAAGUUUAUUUUAAGUCUAUUUUAAUUAUUUUUUUUAUAUACUGUUAUGGUUGUUGUUAUGUAAAUAAUGAGAAUUAAAUCUACCUUUUGUACAGAUUACACAUUAAGAUUAAUUUAUUAGAGUUUUGUCUGUUAUUUAUUUGUGUGAAUGAGUUAAUUAAAUAUAUUUAAUUGUGAAUUAGAAAUAAUUUAUAACCAAAUGAACUCCGACUGUUUACUAACCGAUUAUUUAUUGUCAGUCAUGGAAAUAAAAAAAAUGUCUUAUUUUAGAA